CCAAAACUUCCGGUAUAUUGUGUGGCCAACGUGCAGCUAUCGUAAUUGCUGCAUCCAGACACUGGGUUCAUACUCCGCAAGUUUUCCAAAGAAAGCACCGUUGAGUGGUUAGUGUUAGUACAGACGAAGCUUUAUUGUGCACUGUUAACAGCCAGUGAAAAUGGACAUAGGUGAGCAAAUUGAUAGAGAGCUUGCACGGGCCGAGAAAGAUGGCGACAAGAGAAAAGACAAGGACCCAAAGGAGAAGAAAAAAGACCGGGAACGGUCAAAGUCUCGAGAAAGGAAACCAAAAUCUCGACACAGAUCGAGAAGUAAGGAGAGGCGCAGGAGUAGAUCUAGGAGCAAAGAACGCCCAAAACGCCGAAGCAGAAGCCGCGAAAGACGUCGUAGCCGAGACCGACACAAGAAGAAGUCGCGCUCCAGAUCUCGGGAGAAGGACAGUAAGAGAAGUUAUAGGAGUAAAAGAGAUGAUGACAAGUUAAAGAAGGAGCCACACAAAGAUAAAGUCGUUCCUCUGUCACUUGAAGAGUUGCUUGCUACAAAGAAGGCAGAGGAAGAAGCCCUAAGUAAACCCAAGUUUUUGACCAAGGAGCAAAGGGCAGCAGAGGCUUUGAAGAAAAGACAGUUGGCAGUUGAAGAACAGAGGAAAAAGACAGAUGAAGAAAGAAAGAAGCAAAUAGAAUUCAUCAAGACUGGUAAAAUGGCACAAGAGAGUGCUUAUGAGAGAGAAAGAAGAGAGCGUCGUGAGAGAAGAGAAAGGGAGAUGGAUGGGGAAGAUCGGAAUAACGUAAGAGAGAAUAAAGACAAGGAAAAAGAAGUUUUGGCUAUUAAGGAAAGGUACCUUGGACUAAUCAAGAAGAAGAAGCGUGUUAGGAGAUUAAAUGAUCGUAAGUUUGUAUUUGAUUGGGAUGCCGGAGAUGAUACAUCUACAGACUAUAAUGCUUUGUAUAAGGAACGUCAUGCUGUUCAGUUUUUUGGCAGAGGAAACACUGCCGGCAUUGACAUCAAGGCCCAGAAGAAAGAUCAGUCUAAAUUUUAUGGUGAUCUUUUGGAAAGGAGACGAACUGAAGCAGAAAAAGAUCAGGAGAAGAGAAGACUGAAAAAUGUUGCCAAGAAAGAGGCUAAACAGAAGUGGGAUGACCGUCAUUGGUCAGAAAAGUCUUUGGAAGAGAUGACAGAGAGAGAUUGGCGUAUUUUUAAAGAGGACUAUAACAUUAGUUGCAAAGGUGGAAGAAUUCCUCCUCCUCUGAGAUCUUGGACUGAUCCAAGAAUGCCUAAAACAAUCAUUGAAGUUAUUGAUAAGGUUGGAUACAAAGAACCCACUCCAAUCCAGAUGCAAGCAAUUCCCAUUGGUCUACAGAACAGGGACAUUAUUGGUGUUGCUGAAACUGGUAGCGGUAAGACAGCUGCUUUCCUCAUUCCACUGUUGGUUUGGAUUCAAGGAUUGCCCAAGUUGGAGAGAAUGGAAGAUGCUGACCAAGGACCAUAUGCUAUUAUUCUGGCUCCAACACGUGAAUUGGCUCAACAGAUUGAAGAAGAAUGUGUUAAAUUUGGAGAGUCACUUGGAAUAAGAACUGUCACAGUUAUUGGAGGUAUAUCUCGUGAGGAGCAAGGUUUCAAGCUACGUUUGGGUUGCGAGAUUGUCAUCGCUACCCCAGGUCGUCUCAUUGAUGUUCUUGAGAACCGUUACCUUGUUCUCAACCAGUGCACCUAUGUUGUGAUGGAUGAAGCUGAUCGUAUGAUAGACAUGGGUUUUGAGCCUGAAGUGCGUAAAAUCCUUGACUUCCUGCCAGUGACUAAUGAGAAACCAGACACAGAGGACGCUGAAGACGAUGAGAAGAUGUUACAGAAUUUCAACUCCAAAAAGAAAUACCGUCAAACAGUCAUGUUUACAGCUACCAUGCCUCCUACAGUGGAGCGUCUUGCACGUACCUUCUUGCGUCGCCCAACUGUGGUCUACAUUGGUACAGUCGGUAAACCGGUCGAGCGUGUGGAACAGAUCACAUACAUGGUGACUGAACAGCAGAAGAGAAAGAAGUUGCUGGAGAUUCUCUCGGCAGGAAUAGAACCACCAAUUAUCCUCUUCGUCAAUCAAAAGAAGGGAGCCGAUGUUCUGGCCAAGUCCCUGGAAAAGAUGGGCUUCAAUGCUGCAACACUUCACGGAGGCAAGGGCCAAGAACAGAGAGAGUUUGCCUUGGCAAGUUUGAAAGGAGGAUCCAAAGACAUCCUGGUUGCAACUGACGUGGCUGGCAGAGGUAUCGACAUCAAAGAUGUGUCACUGGUUCUCAAUUACGACAUGGCGAAGAAUAUUGAGGACUAUACCCAUCGUAUUGGUCGAACAGGCCGAGCUGGUAAGAAUGGUGUUGCAAUUUCCUUCCUCACCAAGGAUGACUCUCACCUCUUCUAUGACCUGAAGCAGGUCAUUCUGAGCAGUCCUGUGUCCACCUGUAGCCAAGAGCUGGCCAAUCAUCCUGAAUCACAGCACAAGCCUGGACAUAUUGUACAGAAGAAAAGGAAAGAUGAAACACUCUUCAUCAAAUGAACAGUGAAUUAAUUGACAAAGACCUUUGUCAAAACAUAUGACUGAAUUUAUAUGUUUCAACAGCAGAGAGGAAGGCUGAAACAUGUUGUAUGAUAAAUCUGUUUUGAUUUCAUGAAAAUACCUACUUGCUUGCAGUUAAGAGUGCAAGAAGUGCAUAAACAUUAUUAAAGUAGAGAUCAGCAUAAGAUAUGUCAGAUUUUAUUAACAUGAUGAUAUGAAAUUUCCACAUUACUUCCAUAUUUGUUGGUACGACCAAACAGAUCAUUGAUAAUAAUGUUUGAAUAGAAAAACAUCAGUUUGGGCCAAGCAUCUAUUACAAAGGUAGUUUCCCCUUUAACAUGUUUGAUUUCAUUUUAAUGGUCAAAAUUCAUAAACAGCUUCGAAGCCAUAAUAUAUGUUUCCAUGUACCCACAGGUGACUUGUGAACAGACGAUCCAGUUGCAAUGCAUUUUUUGUAUAUUGUUAUUCAGUCUGUCCAUCAGCCUUCCAUUACUGGAGCAUUUGGAACUCCAAAACAGUUAAAUAUUUCUUGUUGAAACAUCCUAAGAGUGCAGUCUGGUUGGGAACUGGUGCCUUUUGAUGAUGGGGGAUUUUUAUUCUUUUUAUUUUGUUUUGUUUUCAUGAUUUUUCAUGAUGAAAACAGGUUUGUUUUCCAUAUCCGGAGAACCCUUAAACCAUUAAUAAUUUCUUGUUGAAACUUACUAUAUAGAUCAGUGUAGUGAUGAACUCGUGCCUAUUGAAGAUUUGGGAUUUUUUUGUUUUAAUUUUUUAUUUUUUAUUUUUUUUUAUGACAAGUUGAACUUAUACUGAAAAUUGAGAGUAGUGCUCGUUUCCGGAACAAAACUCCAAAACAUUGACGAUUUCUAGAUGAAACAUGCUCAACAAGUAAAACUAGUGGUAAACUGGUGCCAUUUGAAGAUUUGGGGAUUUUGAAAAAUACUGAACAGUAUUAUUUGUUUCCUCACUGAACCAAAAGUGGGUUAUAAGUAGCUCCAUUUCCAAAUUGCACCAGACUCUUGGUUUUUAUAAGGUGCCUUGAUUGUCAGGAUGAGUUACCCAAUCCAUGUUGAUCAAUGUAUUCUUUAUCUCAUAGGGACGGUCGGGUAGCCUUGUGGUUAAAGCGUUCACUCGUCACGCCUAAGACCCGUGUUCGAAUCCCGACAUGGGUACAAUGUGUGAAGCCCAUUUCAGGGGUCCCCUGCUGUGAUAUUGCUGGAAUAUUGCUAAAAGCGGCGUAAAACCAAACUCACUCACUCACUCACUUUAUAUCAUAACAUGAUAGUGAUGGAGAAAAAAGCUCACUGAUCGUCAAUGGAAGUUUGAAGUUAACUUAAAUGACGACUCUGAGCAUAACUGAAAGGAUGUUUGUAUCGAGCAUGAGACAGUUUUAUCGAUAAUCUGUGUUCCUUAUGUAUGUGUGUCAAACAUAUUGGAGCCAGGAAAAUUAUCAUUGAUGUUGGAAAUUGCAGUCUAAAAGGAAUGGUUGUAUAUAUGAAAGUAUGAUAUUUAGUGCUAUUAUGGUUGUUUAUGAAUUCAAGUUAAAUCUUUGUUUUUGUGAGUGCUGUUAUGGAUACAGAAAUACCAACUGGCAAGGUGUUAAGCUGUUAUAAUGCUUUUGCAUGAUGCUCCAUGUGCUGACCAUAUUGCCGGUGUCUGAAUGGUUCACAUUAUGCUGGUCUGUGUACAUACAUGCUUACAUGGGAACAACUUAGAACAGUCUCACAAUAGGUUUAUUGUGCUCAGUACAUUCUCAGCUAGAGAACUGUCCUAUAGAUUAAGUGCUACUGGCAUUUUUCUGUUAUCUGUAACAAUGACAUUCAGUAAAUUAAAGUACUGUAGAAAAUU